AUGGAGAACGAAGAACUCAAUAACCAACUCCCACCACAUCAAGUAGUAGAGCAGUUUGAUGAGGUGGCACCACGACGUGAUAGAAUACUCCGUGAUUAUGCAAGGCCAGAUCAUUUUGAAGGAGAAUCAAGUGUGAGGAGACCACCAAUUGCAGCAAACAACUUUGAAAUUCGCACAGGCUUGAUUCAAACCAUUCAACAGUCAUGUCAGUUUACUGGUGAUGCGAGUGAAGAUCCUCACACCCAUCUAAUUGAUUUUCUUGAAUUAGUUGAAACUUGCAGGUAUAAUGGAGUCACAACAGAUGCCAUCAGGUUGCGGCUUUUUUCUUUUUCUUUAAAAGGUGAAACAGAUUCUGAAUCUGUAUACCAGGCAUGGGAAAGAUUAGCAGCAAUGUUAAGAAAAUGCCCACAUCAUGGUAUCCAAGACCCUGAUAUUUUAUAUAUUUUCUAUCAUGGUCUUAAACCCUCUGCUAGAAAUGUAAUUGAUGCAGCAUCAGGAGGAUCAAUAAUGGAAAAAACUACUACACAAGCAAUGCAAUUGCUUAAUGAAAUUUCAGAAAAUGCUGUUCAACGGCCCUCAGACAGAAUGAUUAUCAAAAAAACGGCAGGAGUAAAUCAAGUUGAAGCUUUGAAUUCACUGACACAACAAAUUGCGACCUUAACACAAAAAGUUGAGGCUUUUCAGGUAGGUGCUCAUUCAUCAUCCCAACUUGAGAAUUGUGAUGUUUGUCAAGGUAAUCAUCCGAAUCAUAAAUGUCAAGCUUCAAUGCAAAAUGAAGAACAGGUACAGGGACCGCCUGGUUUUCAAAAUCAAAAUAGAGGGCAACAAAAUUUUCAACAAUAUCAGCAGCAGCCUCAAAUAGCUCAUCAACAAAGCCUUGAAGACCUGAUGUAUAAAUUCAUUAAGGCUACUGACGAGAAGGUUGAAAGUCAACAUUCAGCCAUCAAGAAUUUAGAAAUUCAGAUGAGCCAAUUAGCAACCCUCAUGUCUGAACAAAUAAAAGGUGAUCUACCAAGCAACACCGAAAAAAAUUCAAAGGAACACCUCAAAGCCAUCUCUCUGCGAUCAGGUAAAACUCUUGAUGAUCCAUAUGCAGAUAGACAAGGAAAACCACAAGAAGCGGAAUAG